AUUAUAUGAUUUUAAAACCGAACUGGUGAAUAUAUACUAGACAUAUUGUACAUUUAUAUUUCGAUAAAAACAUAUAUUUUAUAACAUGUUUAUAUAUUAGAUUUGAACACUACCUUGUGAAUAGAGUUUGCUGUGAUUUUCUUUAAAAUUUUGAUCCUUAAAUAUGUAUCUGGAGUGAAAUUAAUUUUUACAGAUAUCUAUCUUUUUAAAUUGACACUUAUGUAAUUAACUAAAUUCAUAGAAAAAGUUUAAAAAUAAAAAUAAAACUUAUAUGAGUGAAACAAAAACGAAAACAAAAAUACAAUUUUAUAGAAGUAGAAAAUGAAAUCACUUAUGGGGAUUCAAUUGUAAGCAAAUCGAGAGCAGACUUAAUCCCCUUUCGUUGUUUUACAAUUGAUUUGUCUAUCUGGUUUUGGUGAUUUGUGUCAGCCGCAAAAUUUAAUUUUUUCGUGCAUAUAAAAUCUAAAAAAUAAUUAAAAUUAGUUGUAAUACGUUUACUUUUCAACAAUAAAGAUUAACAUUUGUAUUCGUCAUUUUACAAUCGAUAAAAAUUAUAGUAUUGUAAAAUGUUAAACCAUUUAAUAAACAUAUAUUAGUAUAAAACUCAUCCCACGUAUGUGCGCACAGUUAUCAUCUAGUUGAAAUCCUCAUGUCCAUCAACUCAGAUUCAGAAGGCCCCAAUCCAGAUAUGAUCACUCAUUAUUUAGUCAAAAUCUAGAUAACAAUCCUUAAUCCAUAAAUCCCACAAUUGGUUCACAUCUCCAACACAAGCUUCCAAACUACUUGGGAGAAGAAGCAGAUCUCGAGUAAGAGCCUGUUCAAGCUAAGCUGCGUGAUGGAGAAAAGUAUAGCUAACAGUACCACACCAUAUUGCUUAAAUGCUAUUGAUAUCAAAGAAGAGGCUAGCGUCGCUACGUUACUGAUGAACAUGGAAAAUGAAUUUGAUCCCUUUGACGCUCUGAGUACUCCGCUUUACCAGACGGCUACAUUUAAGCAGCCUUCUGCUAUUGAAAAUGGUCCUUAUGACUACACAAGAAGUGGGAAUCCUACACGGGAUGCGUUGCAAAGUCUUCUUGCGAAGCUUGAUAAGGCAGAUAGAGCAUUUUGCUUUACUAGUGGAAUGGCUGCUCUUACUGCUGUUACCCACCUUCUCAAAACUGGCGACGAGAUUGUUGCUGGUGAUGAUGUAUACGGUGGCUCAGACAGAUUACUAUCUCAAGUAGUCCCAAGAUCUGGUGUUGUGGUAAAACGAGUAAACACAACUAGUUUAGACGAGGUUGCUGCUGCUAUUGGUCCCAGGACAAAACUUGUGUGGCUUGAGUCUCCAACUAACCCCAGACAACAAAUAUCUGAUAUACGAAAAAUAGCUGAGAUGGCUCAUGCUCAAGGUGCACUUAUGUUGGUGGACAACAGCAUUAUGUCACCGGUGCUCUCUCGCCCAUUAGAACUUGGAGCUGAUAUCGUUAUGCACUCGGCUACUAAGUUUAUAGCUGGACACAGCGAUGUGAUGGCGGGUGUGCUUGCUGUAAAAGGCGAAAAGUGUGUGUUUCUUCUACUUGUCUUUUCCACUAUCAAGUGUUUGAGAUCCUAUUACUAUUACAUUUGUAUUCUUAAAAUUUCCAGAUUGGCAAAGGAGUUGUACUUUCUCCAAAACUCUGAAGGUUCUGGUUUAGCUCCUUUCGACUGUUGGAUUUGCCUGCGAGGUAUCAAGACAAUGGCUUUACGUAUAGAAAAGCAACAGGAAAACGCAAGGAAAAUCGCAAUGUACUUGUCUUCUCAUCCAAGAGUGAAGAAAGUGUACUAUGCUGGUCUACCAGAUCAUCCUGGUCACCAUCUCCACUUCUCUCAGGCAAAAGGUGCAGGGUCCGUUUUUAGCUUUAUAACAGGAUCGGUUGCGCUAUCUAAGCAUCUUGUAGAAACCACCAAAUACUUCAGCAUUGCUGUCAGUUUUGGGAGUGUUAAGUCACUUAUAAGCAUGCCGUGCUUCAUGUCACAUGCAAGCAUACCUGCUGAAGUACGCGAGGCCAGAGGCUUGACUGAAGAUCUUGUCCGAAUCUCUGCAGGCAUUGAAGAUGCUGAUGAUUUGAUCUCUGAUCUUGAUAUCGCCUUCAGAACCGGUCCCAUCUAGCUCCCCUUCUAGUCUCAGUUUUUUUUUUUGUAUCUUGGAAGAAUCUGUGUAAGUAACCAUAAAACAUAAUUUGGUGUUUGAGAACACAUCAAACCAAUAAACUCGUUUUUGUUGGAUUUGUUCUGUUGCUUAUUUGGGGUUACAUCUGUAAUCCAAGUUUGUAAUAGACCUUCAAAUCCAACAUAAGCAGUAAAAACAUGUAUUGAAGUAUAGAUCUUUCUUCAAAGUAA